UACAAGAUUGAGGAAGUAACGACUCGUAGUAAACAAACAUAAUAAAUUUACCGAAACUCACAUUUGAAGUGAUGUCAGCCGAAAACUCUAUAUCGGACAAUAUAAUGGAUAUGUUUGGACUAUCAACGGACAAAGGAAGUCCAGUUCCACUGAGGUCCAUUGACGUGAAUGUGACAAUCAAGGGCUACCUGGCCGAGGUGGUAACCAGUCUGGGGUAUUACAACAGCGAGGAUGACCCAGUCGAGGCAAUGUUCACGUUCCCUGUGGAUGAUGGGAGUGCCGUAUAUCAGUUUGAGGCCACCAUUGAUGGAAGGCACAUUGUCGCUGAGAUUCAAGAAAAGGAACAGGCUAUUCUAACAUAUGAAGAUGCAAAGCAGAGUGGGAAGACAGCCAUGUUGCUUAAAGAAGAUACAAAAAGCAGCGACACUUUCCAAUGCAUGCUUGGUAAUCUGCCCGCAGGCAAGGAAGCAGAACUGAAGCUCUCAUAUGUGAAUGAGCUGCCACAGGAGGAGGAUGGAAGGGUGAGGUUUACACUACCUACAGUGCUGAACCCACGCUACUGUCCAGAAGCUGGUUCGAGCGUUGCCGCAGAGGGAGCUGACUAUGUACCACCCAAGUCAGUGCCAUACAAUUUCAAGAUGACUGUCACAAUAGAAGGAUACCAUGGGAUUAAGGCUGUUUCUUCUGACAAAAUCUCACUUGAUGUCAAGUUAGAGUCAGGCGGAAAAUUGGCUCAGUUUGAGAUUGGGGAGGAGUUUAAAUUUGACCAUGACCUUUGUCUGCUGGUGGAAUAUGCCGAGCCUUUCGCUCCUCAGGUUAUCCUGGAAAAUGGAAACCCGGGAAAAGAGGGUCUACUGAAGGAAGACAUGCUAAUGGUGAGUUUCCAUCCCGACCUCAAGGAGGUUGCCAUGGCAACCAAUGGAGAAUAUGUCUUUAUCAUUGAUAGAUCAGGAAGUAUGAAUGGUAGCAGAAUAAAGAAUGCAAAAGAGGCAUUGCUUCUGUUCCUGAAAAGUUUGCCUGCUGGUUGCUACUUUAAUGUGGUUAGCUUUGGAUCAAACUACAAAUGUCUGUUUAACAAGAGCAAGGAGUACUGUGAAAAGACUCUGAAUGAAGCCCUCAAGGUCCAGGCCAAGAUGGGUGCAGACAUGGGUGGCACAGAGAUAUUCAAGCCCCUAGAAUAUGUCCUCAAAGAGAAAGUACAACAACAACCAAGGAACGUGUUUCUGCUGACAGAUGGGGACGUGGGUAAUAGUGAACAGGUGAUUGGGCUGAUUAGGAAGCACUCAGGGAAUACCAGAGUGUUUGCCCUGGGAGUGGGAAGUGGGGUGUCCACUUCGUUAGUGAAUGGCGUGGUCCGUGCAGGGAAUGGCCUCGCAGAGUUUAUCGCUGAUGAUGAACGCAUUCAACCCAAGGUUGUAUCCCUGCUAAAGUGUGCCAUGCAGCCGGCAGUUACGAACAUAGAGCUAACCUGGGACCUGCCCCCAGGGGUCACCCCAGUUUCCAUACCAACAGAUUGCCCUGUUAUGCUGACUGUGGGGCAAAGGCUAACAUUCUUUGCCAUGCUACAAGGGGUAGAUCUGGAUACAAUCUACGCCACCAGCAAGCUAACCUUGAAAGGUCAACAAAACAACAACCCUGUGACCUUUGACCUUCUGUUCACCCUAUCAGAGGAUGACAACUCAAGCGUGUCUGCACCUGUCCAUCGCCUAGCAACCAAGACUCAGAUCAAGCUUCUACAGGACGAGGAAGCAGCUUUGUGUAAUGAUGAUUACUACAAUCCAAAAGAUAUUGAUAAGGUUGAAGAAAUAAGGAAGAAGGUCGUUGGUGUGAGUCGGCAUGGUAACAUUGUGUCAAAGUUCACAUCAUUUGUUGCCGUGGAUUCAGAGGGUGAGAAGGUCAAAGGUGAACUGAAGACGAGGCAGUGUCCAGUCCCCACAACCAGCGAGGAGUUCUUGAAAGGCAUUGAGAGGGACAUGAUGUUGCAAUGCUGCCUUAUGGACUGUGCGCCUCAAAUGGAUUUAUGUAGUAUGGCCGCAAGUGGAUUUGAGUGUGAAAGUGGUUCGUUGUAUUUAAAAUCGAGUAAUAUGUAUGGUGGUGGUGGAGCAAAAAAGGCAAAGAAAAGCAAGGGCCUUGGCUUGAGUUGUGGUCUCAACAAGCUGAAAAACAUGGUGCCCUCCUUUCCAAGUAAAAAGAAGAAAAGAUCUUCUAAAUCAGAAGAGAUCGAUUUUGAAGAAGACGAUGCUGAGAAUUUAGAAGAAGAACCACAGAAACUUGGAACAGAUAGAGAAGACGAUGUUGAUGAUAACAAUGAUGACAGUUUGGGAAAGUCUUCUUCAGGUUUAUCAUCAGAUGAGGUGAUGAUGAAUGUGAUCACGCUACAGAAACUGGGUGGGAACUGGUCAAACACAACCCAGCUGGCCAGUUUGCUGCAAAUCCCGGAAGAUAUGCUAAAAUCUACAGACAUUAACGAGGACUGUGAUGUGCUGGCGACACUGAUAGUGUUGAGCUGGUUGCGCAGUAAGUACGCCCACCGAAAGGAGGAAUGGCAGAUGAUCGAGACCAAAGCACUCGCCUGGCUAGGGCAGCAGAGCCUGAAGAAACCAGUAGAGGAACUUCUCACACUUGUUGCCGACUCAGUCAUAAACAAGGUUUAAGUGAAUUAAAAUCUGUGAAGUGUAGCUGCUGUAACAAGACACAAGUGAAUUCAGUGAAUGAAAAUCCGAUAACUUUGGCUGACUUACAUAGAGUGAACUCUUAGAUUUGAGAACAUGCAUAAGGCAGAGCUACUAUAAUCAUGCCUGGUCCUCAACUUGGGUAGUGUUAUUUUAAUGCCAUAGUAAUUUGUAUCCAUUGUAAAUGUUGCGAAAUCAAAAACAAAUUGCACACUUCACAACAUUCUUUACCUUGAGCAAGAAAGUUUUAUAGAUGCAUUGAAAUAAACACAGAGAAGCAUUAUCAAAAAUUCCCAUUUCCUAGCAUAAUUUACUAAAAGUGAAAAAAUGUGUAGACAUGUCAUUUAUUUUCUCUGUUGACCAUUGCAUUUGUGGGAGUCAUUACGACUAAGUGUUGUUAAUGAAACAUGUACGGCUUUGUAUGUUGAAACAUCUUAUUGCCAAAUAAAUGUUAUGUUACUUUCUGGUUGCAGCUAUUUAGUGACUUACCUUAUUUAGAUCGGAAUUUUGUUUUUUCCAUUGAUUUUCACAGCAAAGAUUUAAUAUUACCAGAAAUAUUUAUAGUUUAUUUAUGCCCCGAAGGUGGGCAUAUUAAAAUCGCACUGUCUGUCUGUCCGUCCAUCUGUCCGUCCGUCCGUCCGUGUGUCCAGCUCAAUAACCCUACAUCUAAGGUCAAGGUCUCACUUAGGUGUUUAUUCACAAUGGAGUGCUGCAUAUAAGGACUUAAAGUAUAGGUUGUCGUGUCCGGGCUGUAACUUUCCCUUGUAUGGACAGAUUUUAAAAUAACUUUCCACAUGUGUUCCACAUACCAAGACGACGUGUCGCGUGCAAGACCCGUGUCCCUACAUCAAAGGUCAAGGUCUCACUUAGGUGUUAAUUCACAAUGGAGUGCUGCAUAUAAGGACAUAGAGUAUAGGUUGUCUUGUCCGGGCUGUAACUUUCUCUUGUAUGGACAGAUUUUAAAAUAACUUUCCACAUGUGUUCCACAUACCAAGAUGACGUGUCGCGUGCAAGACCCGUGUCCCUACCUCUAAGGUCAAGGUCACACUUAGUGUUUAUUCACAAUGGAGAUUUCUGCAUAUAAGGAAAUAGGGUAUAGGUUGUCAUGUCCGGGCUGUAACUUUCCCUUGUAUGGACAGAUUUUAAAAUAACUUGCGACAUGUGUUUGAUAUACCAAUACGAUGUGUCGCUUACAAGACCCAUGUCCCUACCUCUAAGGUGAAAGAUACACUUAGUGUUUAAUUACAAUGGAAUGCUGAAUAUAAGGACAUAACGGUGUAGAUUGUCAAGUAUGGGUGGUAUUUUUUAUGUUCAGAGGCAAUUUAAAAUAACUUGCCAUAUGUAUUUAACACGUAAAUGCAAGAUCACUUUUUCAUGUACUGACCUUGUUCAUAGGUCAAUGUCACAUUCGGGGGCAUUCGUCACAUACUGUGACAGCUCUAGUUUCUAUCUUUUUAUGGUUUAUACAUGUUGUUUUACAAUAAAUUUUACAGUUUAUAGUUAACUUUGGGCUUGUUUACAUUGUUAAGGUUUAAUAUGACCGCCAGAUUCAGGAGUGAAACAACCAUCAGAUUCAAGGUUUAGACAACCAUUAGAUUCAAUCAUUGAUGGUAGACUAUUACAUUAUGUUAAGAUCAUAAAAAUUAUUAGUUCUACCCUCUGUAAAUGCAAGUUUAUUCAACAAAACAGUCUACAAAUGUAUAUUGAAUCAAAGUCCACUCACAUUUAUUUUUUCUGAGCAUUUAUUGUUCAGUUAUGACUAUUCCAAUCAGAGUCAUACAUUGUACCCAUAUAGACAUUUCAUUUUACAAUGGCUUUUACUGCACUAUUUGUGCAAAUUGUUUAUAUACUACAUCCUGACUCAUUUUGAGUGUCACAUUUAUCAUUAUUUUACCGUUCAUUACUGAUGUAAGUGCUGUUCUUUUAAGGUGUCUUUGAACCAUUUAUUUUUAACAGAGAUUUUUUUUCAAUUGUCACAUUCAUCUUUAUUUUUUACCGGACAUUACAAGUGCUGUUCUUUAAAGCUGUAUUUUAAUAAUUAAACAUAUUUUUUUAAGAUCCUUGUCUGUUUGUUUUGAGGAAAAGCGUUGAUGUAUUAAAAUAGUGUUUUUUAAUUUCAGUAUUGAUUUUAUCCGGAACGGACACACAUGAUAGAUAUUUUUCUAGGAUACCUUAAAUUACAUUUUUAUGCGAAGAAAAAACAUAAGAAAGCGCGUUUUGUACAUUUCACCAAAAAGCGCGUGCGAUGAUGUUUACUGACGUCAUGACGCGCAGUAAUUUGUAUUCAUUGCAUACGUCAAUAAGUUCCUUCGCUAUCACAUCUUUUAAGGGUUAUUUUGUUUUGUUUUUAAGGAAUAUUUUUGUAAAGUUAAUGUUAAUGGAACUCAUCUAUUGAAAUCUCAUAACUAUGGUUACAUUAAGUGUUUAAUAAAAGAAAUUGAAAGUAUUACGUCACAGCGCGUGACUCAUCUGGCAUGGGGGAUGCCAGAUGGAGUUUUCCAGCACGGCUGAAUUGACCGGAAAUGCCUAUCCGGUGUGCUAGAUAUAUCUGUCAUGUGUUCCCGUUCCGGAUAGAAAAAUCCGACCCGAGGGCACCUGCGUUGCCAGGUAACGAGGCUUGCCGAGUUACCGGCUACGCAGCGUGCCCGAGGGUCGGAUUUUUCUAUCCGGAACGGGAACACAUGACAGAUAUUAUUAUUAAAGAUAUAUUAAAUUAUUAUGCCCCCCCCCCUUCGAAAACGAGGGGUAUAUACCUUUGCACAUGUAGGUCGGUCGGUCGGUCGGUCGGUCGGUAGACCAAAGCUUGUCCGAGUGAUAACUCAACAAUUCCUGGACGUAUGGUCAUUAAACUUGACAUGAAGGUUGGGCCUGACCAGUAGAUGACCCAUAUUGAUUUUAGGGUUCAUCGGGUCAAUGGUCAAGGUCACAGUGACCUUUAAUGAUAAAAGUGUUUUAAAGCUUGUCCGAGUGAUAACUCAACAAUGCCUAGACCUAUGAUCAUCAAACUUGAUAUGGAAGUUGUGCCUGACCAGCUGAUGACUCCUAUGGAUUUUGAGGUCAUAGAGUCAAAGAUCAUGGUCAUAACACACUCUAUCCUCACACUUUGAAUGGUCAUAAUCUGAAAACUGCCUCAACGGCAUCCAAUGUCAGUGACAAAUCAGCUGUCAUUUCGGUCCAUGCAUAUUUCAUUCAAUUUUCCAUAUAAUCCUGACAACAUGGCGCUCAGGGGGGCAUGGUGUUUGACAAACAUCUCUUGUUAUUUUUGAUUUUCGUUGAUGUUUUAAAAUAACAUUGAACUGUUUUUUUCUUCAGAAAAUGAUAUUGCAUUGCUUUAUCCUUGUGUUUAUACAUUGCUCUGUUUAUUGUAUUACCUAUUUUAAGGUGAACUGGCUGUUUUAAGUCAAAAUGCAUUUUUUACAAGUGAUGUUUUGGGGUAUGUUCAAGGUUUCAGAUGUUUUUUAUAAUAUGUUAUCUUAAUCAAUACUAUGUUACUGACUGUUAUUUAUAUGAGUAUUGAUCAAUGUUGUCAGUCUUGCCUCAUCUUCUUGUCUUCUCUGUAAUAUAAGUGAACGUGAAUGUUCAAAGGCAAUUUUCUGUGGUUAAAAGUUUCAUUCUUUCAAAAAGGAUUUGAAACAACAUUUUCUAUAAUUUUGAUAGCCUUGGGGCCACACCUGAUCAUUUGUUUGUUAAAUAUUUUAGAUAUGUCAAACUGCAUAAAAAACUGAUUCUAUAAAGUCUUAAAACAAGCUAACACAUGUUUAUUCUGUCGAAAUCACUAUAGUUGAUAGUGUUUAUGUUCAAUAAGUGUCCCAGAAUGUAUGUUCAUAAAGGCGUUCAUACUAUAUAAGUUUAUGCAUUUAAGCUCGAGUGUUUUAAAGAAAGAAAGUCUGGAUAUAAUCAUAAAAUAUUAACUUAUCAUGUUCAUGUCUACAAUGACGAAAAUUCAUAUUAUUAGCAAGUUCAAUAACUCUGGUUGAAUCGUUGUUAGACAUUGAACAAUUGUCGAACUGGAAAAAGGCUGAGAGUUGACAUACGUUUACAAGACGAUGCAUAUUUCAAUCUAUGGUGUUGUAUCCACAAUUGAAAAAAAAUAGCCAUACUCUUGUUUUAUAAUUAAAAUUAAAUUUACAAAUACACUUAUAUCUCUCUUCGUGAUAUAUACUCAUUUACAUUUUAUUUUAGAAAAUUUAUUCUCAAUCUAUUUUUACACAAAAUGACAUUUACAUGCGUAUCAGUGUAUAUUGUUAAAAAUGCAAUAAAGUGCUUAAACAUA